GCCGGUUCAGGCCAGUUCACACGGCGCAAAAGUGGAGUGUCUCGCCGAGCCGAUCCGAUCUGUCAACACAGCACCGCCUGCCUCUCCACGGACAUUGUGUCCACGCAACAAUUUCCUCACACACAGCUACAUCUCUUGUUCAACUACGUUCCCCCCAAGAUAACAGCUGCUCUUACCUCACGAUGACUCGAAGGUGAUCUUCAGCGAGUCCCGGUGGUUCUGGGGUUCCAGGUUGGUGUGGGAAGAGCAAGCUCAUUGCAGGAGACCACCUGGGGCAGUUUGUCCUAGGCUCUCAAGGUAGAAGCAGGAAGUGACAAAGGAGGGUGCUUUGCAUUCAGCUUUGAAUCAUGGAGAAGGAAGACCUAAAGGUCCUCAACAAGGGGGAAGAUGAAGAGAUGGAGUUGCAAGGCUACCGAUUGUGCCGGUGGCGACUGGCACUGGUGGGUCUUGGGGUACUCUGUACGGGGGGCUUCCUACUCCUGCUGCUCUACUGGAUGCCAGAGUGGUGCGUCAAGGCCACCUGCAUCCCUACCACAGCCUGUGAUGCCGAAGUGGUGUUGCUGCGUUCUACGGAUGAAUUCCGGCGCUGGUUCCUGGCUAAGGUUCGAGUGAUUCUAGCCCCAGGAAGCAACCCCUUCCACAACCUGGAGACCCAGACCACCUCCCCUUCCCUGUCCCCCCCUCCUUUUUCCUUCUCCUCUUCCUCUUCAUCUUUAGCCAAUGGAGACACUCACCACUCUUCUCAUGGGAUCCCCGCUCAGGAGCUCAUCAGAAGAUAUGUGGAAUACCCACCCACCAAGAUACAUUAUUUUACCCUACACAGCACAAAAUAUUAUUGGAAUGAUAGAGUGCAGAACUUUCAAGUUUUAACAGGCCUGGAUGAUCUCAAUGUUACUGCUGCCACUCUCCACUCAGAGCACAGCAAAGGCCUAACCAGGAACCAGCAAGAGUACAGGAAACUGUUUUUUGGAUUGAAUGAAAUUGAAGUGAAAGUGCCUUCUGUUUUCAAGCUGCUUAUCAAAGAGGUCCUAAAUCCUUUCUAUAUCUUCCAACUCUUCAGUGUGAUAUUGUGGAGUGCCGACGAAUAUUACUAUUAUGCUAUUGCCAUUGUUAUCAUGUCCUUAAUAUCCAUAGCUACCUCUCUAUAUACCAUCAAAAAGCAAUACGUCAUGCUUCAUGAUAUGGUGGCAGCUCACAGUAUUGUUCGUGUAUCUGUAUGCCGAGCCAAUAAUGAUAUUGAAGAAAUUAUGUCUACUGAUUUGGUGCCUGGGGAUGUAAUAGUCAUCCCCAGCAAUGGGACCAUUAUGCCAUGUGAUGCCGUGCUGGUCAGCGGCACUUGCAUUGUCAAUGAAAGCAUGCUUACAGGUGAAAGUGUUCCAGUGACAAAGACCAACCUUCCAAACCAGUUGCCAGGGGAGAGUGGCGAUGAGGCUUUGAGUGCCUAUAGCAUAGAAGAGCACAAGCGACACACACUCUUCUGUGGAACUAAUGUCAUCCAGACACGUUUUUACACCGGUGAACUGGUCAAAGCUGUAGUAGUCCGCACAGGCUUCAGCACAGCCAAAGGCCAGUUGGUACGCUCCAUCCUAUACCCCAAACCCACAGACUUCAAGCUGUACCGUGAUGCCUACCUUUUUCUGUUGUGUCUGGUGGGCGUGGCUGGGAUUGGCUUUGUCUACUCCAUCGCCCUUAGCAUCGUGAACAAGGUGCCAGCCAAGACCAUCAUCAUCGAAUCCCUGGACAUUAUUACCAUCACGGUUCCCCCGGCGCUGCCCGCAGCCAUGACAGCUGGUAUUGUGUAUGCCCAACGACGCCUUAAAAAGAUUGGCAUUUUUUGCAUCAGCCCUCAAAGGAUUAAUAUUUGUGGGCAGAUCAAUCUGGUCUGUUUUGACAAGACAGGAACUCUUACGGAAGACGGUUUAGACUUAUGGGGAGUCCAAAGAGUAGAGAAUGGCAGUUUCCUGCAAUCAGAUGAAAAAGCCUCCAAGGAAAAUCUAGUAAAGUCCCAGUUUGUUGCUUGCAUGGCCACGUGCCAUUCUCUUACCAAAAUAGAGGGCCAGUUGUCUGGAGAUCCACUGGACCUCAAAAUGUUUGAGGCUACUGGUUGGAUCCUGGAGGAAGCCACUGAGGAAGAAACAGCUCUCCACAAUCGCAUCAUGCCGACUGUGGUUAGACCCACAAAGCAGCUGUUGCCCUCACAGCCACCAUCAACAGAGCAGGACAUGGAACUUUAUGACCUGCCUUCUCAAUAUGAGAUAGGUAUUGUGCGGCAGUUUCCAUUUUCCUCUGCACUCCAGAGGAUGAGUGUGGUUGCUCGCCUGUUAGGGGAGAAACGUAUGGAUGCCUACAUGAAGGGAGCACCGGAGGUGGUGGCUCGCCACUGCAAGACCGAAACAGUGCCAGAUAAUUUUGCAGAGGUCUUGGAGGGUUACACCAAGCAAGGCUUCCGAGUCAUAGCUUUGGCUCAUCGUCGUCUUGAAUCCAAACUCACGUGGCACAAGGUCCAGAAUGUAAACAGAGAUCACAUCGAGACAAACAUGGAGUUCCUGGGUUUAAUAAUCAUGCAGAAUAAGUUGAAAACCGAAACGCCGGCAGUUCUGCAAGAUCUCCACAGAGCCAACAUUCGUACUGUCAUGGUUACAGGCGAUAACAUGCUGACAGCCAUCUCUGUGGCUCGGGACUGUGGAAUGAUCCUUCCACAGGACACGGUCAUCAUUUCAGACGCCAUCCCUCCACAUGAUGGACAGACUGCCAGGAUCACAUGGAGGUGUGCAGACAAGCCAAGUAUGGCAGCACAUCUUGAGGACGUGAGCAUCAGCCUGGAUGAGCCCAAACAACAAGAGCGUUACCAUUUUGCCAUGAACGGAAAGUCAUUUGCAAUCAUCUCGGAGCAUUUCCCAGACAUGCUUCCAAAGUUGGUGCUACAUGGAACAGUGUUUGCCAGAAUGGCCCCGGAUCAGAAAACCCAACUCAUUGAGGCAUUACAGGAUGUGGAAUACUUUGUGGCAAUGUGUGGAGAUGGAGCAAACGACUGUGGAGCCUUGAAAAGGGCUCACAGUGGCAUCUCUUUGUCAGAGCUCGAAGCUUCUGUGGCCUCUCCAUUCACAUCCAGAACGCCUAAUAUCUCAUGUGUCCCAAGCCUCAUCAGGGAGGGCCGUGCUGCUCUCAUCACCUCCUUUUGUGUAUUCAAGUUCAUGGCCCUGUACAGCAUCAUCCAAUACAUUAGUGUCACUCUCCUGUACUCCAUUCUCAGUAACCUUGGAGAUUUCCAGUUCCUUUUCAUCGAUAUAGCCAUCAUCCUUGUCGUUGUUUUCACCAUGAGUCUGAACCCGGCAUGGAAAGAACUAGUCGCACAUCCUCCUCCAUCGGGCCUGAUCUCAGGGCCUCUGCUCUUAUCUGUGCUGAGCCAGAUACUCGUCUGCUUUGGCUUCCAGAUGCUUGCGUUUUUUUGGGUCCAAAUACAGCCUUGGUACACCAUCUGGACACCGCUUUCAGAUGCCUGCAACGUGUCUUCACACACAAAUAUGUCCAACCUCAAUGAAACUGAAGUCGACGACCACAACAUCCAAAAUUAUGAGAACACCAGCCUGUUCUAUGUUUCCUGCUUCCAGUACCUUUUGGUUGCCAUUGUCUUCUCAAAGGGCAAACCUUUUAGGCAACCAAGCUACAAGAAUUGGCCUUUUGUCGUGACUGCUUUGAUUUUGUACAUUGUCCUCCUCACCAACAUGUUCUACCCUGCCGAAGCCAUAGAUGAAUUUCUACAGAUUGUUUGUGUUCCUCUUGAUUGGAGACUAAAACUCGUGCUUGUCAUCGUGGCCAACGCUGUCGUGUCAGUCGUGGUAGAGACCUUCAUCAUUGACAUCGUCUUAUGGAAGUUUGUGUUCAGCAGAGACAAGCAGGGCAUCGCUCCUGCUGCCCCACCACCACAGAAAGGCUUUGAGCUGUUGGCGGCAGACAAGUGUCUGUGCUGCCCAAACAAGGUGACCCGCAAGGCUCGCUACAUGCAUCUGGCCCAGGAGCUCAGCGUGGACCCUGACUGGCCCCCAAAACCAACCACGACUACUGAAGCCAAAGCCUGCCCUGAAAAUGGUUCCUCUUAUCAAAUGAAGAGCAUUUCCUAGCAUCGAUUAACACAUUUCAUAUAAGAACUAUCGGCAAAAAGUAUGUUUGCACAUUAACUUAUUGAAGCGCUCACUUGAUCACUGCUUGAUACUGGUCUUGAGGAUUGUACAAUAAUCUUGUUAAAAAAAAAAAUCAACCACUCAAACACAUUUGAAUGAUGACAUGACGUCUGCUUGAGCCAAUCGUGGGCUGGGGUCUUCAGUCAAUGGAAUGAAAUGAAGUAAUUUUACCCUCAAAUUGGAAGUGAAGCUUGGCAAAAGUUAGAUUUUAUUUCCAGUUAAUAUUUUGUGAUUCAAAUGCAUAUAUUGGAAACUCUAAUUGUAUUUUUAACAAUUGCAGGCAAUUGCUGUAUUAAGUUUCAGACUAUGAAAGCGCCCGGUGACCUAUUGGAAUCGUGGAAUUAUAUUUCAUGACAAAAGGUAAUUAAGCAUAGACUACUGGAGAGCCUUUUUCCACCCAGUCCAUCACCUACUUUGAACUGUAGAGUUCACUUUUGUCACUCCGUUUUUCUUUUAGGGGCAUUUAUUUAUUAAGUGGGUUGCAUGACUGGCUGUUGGUGGUCUGCUGCAUGUCCUGCUUGCUACUGUGUCGUAGUCACUAACAAGCCUGUGCAGUCAAUGUUACAUUUUAAAAAGGGUAUCCACAGUCUCUAUACAUUUUCAGUUCGCUUUUCUCGGGUAUGUGCUUUUGUCAUCUUAGACUUUGCAAUUUCUGUAAACGGAUCGUAUCAUUUUCCCAAUGUCGUGCUAACUAACAUUGAAAUUGCCACCUGGCAAGUUUGCCUGCAGCCGGCUGCAGUUCACUCCAAUGCACACUUGUCCGGAUGCUUUCCACAAAUGCCAACUCUAGGAGUUUGGUCUUUUCAUCAGUGAUGGUCGUAGCAGAAGACCUUACACUGUGGUUUGUCGAGAACAAAUUCUGUUUUGAAAAAUAUUUUCUGGAUUUAGUUAUACUAAGCGGUGGAGAGGUGUUGACGGCUAUUAAACUUUUCUGAGAAGCACAGAACUGCAGUCGGGGAGAAAAAAAUCAAUUUGUCGUGUAUCACUGGACAAAGGAAAGCUAGUAGAAAAACUACAAAACCCAAGACAUUAAAUACUGAUGGUGUCACAUCUCUCUGAACGAUACCUGGAACUAAAUACAAAAAACAUUUGGGACCCUAUGUAUUUCUUAUCCCCAGUCCCACUCUUUAUUCAUCCUUGCUAAUAGUUAAUUAAGUCAGUGUGAGGGCCUUUAAAAGCCAAUUAAAUAUUGAAUACUUACAAUACAUCUUUAUUUAUAUUGCACUUUCACAACAGAUUUUGUCAUAAAGCACAGUGAAUAGUCAUAAAUGACUUUCUGGACAGUGAGAGACUGACAGUCUUUUCUUGAAACCAGCCAAGAGUGGAAGUUGCGCAAACGACUGACAAUUCGAUGUCAUGCCACCAACAACCAGCCUCUGAGACUGAAGUGUUAUCCCUAAUUUUUUAACAUGACUUUUGCUGUGCUGCUUCUCACCAGCCACAAAGCAUUUUGCUGCUGAAAAGUGUGAUCUUAAAUAUAGUCCUAAACUCAAAAUAAGUCGGCCACUCGAUGGCAAAAUGUGGCGAUGUAAAGACGUUUACGCUGCAUGUUUGCGAGAUGCUAAAAUGCCUUUGCGCCAUUACUACAAACAACGAUACAACUUUUCAAUUGUGCAUUGGGAAUGUUACUCCGAAGAUAUACAUUUUUUUUUUUUUACUUUACAAAAAGAAAAAGCUUUGCUCAACCAUGCAAAAAAACUCUUCCCAUGGAAGAAUGAUUAAAGGUGCAAUGCAUAUGCAUUCUGCAUUUCAUUAGCUCACUGCUUUGCUAUGUUGAAAACAACACUGACUCCAUUUGUCAACCACACAUCAAGAGGCUUUUAUAAGGUCAAUGUAAUAUUUUCAAUGCACUUAUAUUUUUAAAUCAAUGCUCCUUCCAAGAACUUUAUCUCUGAAUAAAUGUACCAUUUUGGAGGCAGCGUGGUUAAAUUAGCUGGCUAUAUAGCUAUUUGUGGUUAUAUGUAAAUUGUUGCAUACCAAACCGGGUUGCACUGCAUCAAAAUCAAGGCGCUAAUUAUUUACGGAAUACUAAGACUACUUUCUAGGCUCAAAAACAAGGACACAAAGCUGUAGAGUGUAAGAAGUCAUUCUUUCUGAGGUUCACAGACGUCUACUUUUAUUCAUUUUGUUUCAGUGACCGACCCAAAGAAAGUCAAUAUCCUCAUGCAAAAGGGUUGUGAAAAUGUCGCUGCUACCAUACAUAACGUGUAGCGGAUGUCCCUAUUCAAUUUUUGUCCAGUAGAAGCAGCAUGGCAAAGUUAUGGAAAGUGCUGACGAUGCUCAUGAAAGCCAUUGUGACCAGUUCUGUUUUGAUAAGUUAAUUCUUUUGUUAUGUAUGCAAUGUCACAGUAGUUGUGAUUAUUUUGCCUGCUUGCAAAAUGAUUCAGUAACCAGGCCAAACCUUUUGCUGGGGGGGGACCUGAUGUGCCCAAACCUUUUGAUAUUUGCCACUUAUGGCCCAAAUGUAUUGUUAUGAAGACAGCAACAUGCUACCGAUACAAAGCUGUUAUUGUUUCCAAACUUUUUUUUUUUUUUUUUUUUACCUUGAUUGGUUAUACAAGAAAUGGAAUAAGAUACAUAGACAUUCUCUAUAUGGUAACUCCAUUUGAAUUGACAAUAAUACGAAAAGUUGGAUUAUGUCUAUUACUAUUUGGGAUGUACAUAUUCUGUGUGCAUAAAGAUCUGAAUAUAUAGUGAUUGAAAAACAUAUAGGUUUUUGGACUAUUAAGGGCUAGUGUUGUGGUACUUUUUUUUUUUAUACAAUCAAGUGAUUAAUUUAUACAUUCUUUUAUAUUUAUUUGUAUCUUCACUUUCAUAUCAAGUUGGAUUCAUUUGUACUUUUCCUCACUUGGGAAUGAAUCAUGGGCAUUUUCUAUCAGUGUUGGGUUUAGUCAUUUGAAAAUUGGAACUAGAUUGCUGCUAUUGCCUGGAUCAAUAUCUACGUAGGUUGGUUCUGUGAUGUACACGAUAAAGCAAAUUUCUACUGUACAAGUAUAAGAAACUGGGAAACUGAUCAAUUAUAAUGAUGUAAUGAAUUGACUCCCUCGCCACUGCUUUGUAACAAUUUGUUUCAAGACUGUGCACCUUCAUAAUGAAAAUUUUAAUUCUUAUACCGAAUGUCAUUUUAAUACCUUGCUGAGUGUAAAUAUUAACAUUUCUUCUAGGCUACAAAUUUGCCUUUUUUGGGGGGGGUGACUGCUAUAUUGAAUUGCCAAAUCUAUGUUGAGAUGUUGCUUUAACACAGGUACAAUAAUAUGCUGACAGUAGGAUUAGCUUCCUAUUCUCAUGUUUUGUUGACAAACGAUUGAAUGGCAUUUGAGUCAGCCACUGAGUGUGUAGGCUCAGGUGGAUGUUUCCUCAGGGGUAUAUGUGUAUAACGAACAAAACAAUAUGAUCAAAGUUGAUACUCAAAUGCAAAUAGGCAUCUUUAUUGUUGACCAACUAUCAGCACUGCUAAUUGGAUCUGCUUUUAUUGACUGCUUCUGCACAUCAGUGAUUGACUCAUAUUGGAUAUAUUUUUCUAUCAGCAGAGCUGUACAUUGUGUUGAAAUGUUUCUACUUAAUAAUUUAUUGUAUAUUUAUGUUUUUCCUCUCUCCCCCUGGCAAUUGUAUUUUAGACUUUCUUUUGUUUCAAUAAAUGUUUUCAAACAAUUA